CGGUGUUGGCGUCAAGAGCUUUGAAUUGAGGGCUCUCUUUAUCAAACAACCGGGCCAAUUAUGAACCGAUGGUUUGAUACCCGACAAGUUCUAGUUGUUUCCAAUGGACUGUCAAGCGAGCGAAUAGCUUUGAACAGAGCCCAUCAUUGCAAGUGUCCAUUCAUGGAUCUUAUUAAAAAAAGGGAGAGUUUUGAAAGUCGUGGAUAAUAAGUCUAACGGUGGCUGUUUAGUCAGAACCGGAGGUAUAAAUGCAUGAAGAUCCGGUCAUACAAAAACAACACGUCAAUUGAAAGGCCUCAGCAGAAUCCCUUAAUGAACAACAAAAUGAUCAAAUCUUCCUGACACUUCCGCUUUUUUUAGUGAGCAGAGCAAGCACAAACAGCCAUCAAAUACUCUUCUGGGGCUAUUUCUGUCCUGAUGUAAAUAAGUCUUGACACAUGAAUCACUAGGGCUGUUGUGAAGUCAUUGUGAUGGUGUUCUUGGUGUUUAUCAAGGAACACCCUCAAUAGUUUAGCGGCUCUCAGCAGGUCAACACCAAAUGGUAAUCCAACUGCCAAGUGACAUGCGACGCUAUCAUGCUAAUCUGCCGCAGUCAUUGCUAUCUUUAUGGUUCAUUUUUGUCCUUCACUUCUUCCAAUCCUUGAGUUAGGAGAGGAUUUGGAGGCGCUCUUGUUUCUGCAGCUUGGGAUGUCCUUAUCGCUUAGCAGUAUUAUCGGCUUACCUUCAAAAUCACGCCCAUCUUCCAAAACCACUAAAUCCCCAAAGUCCUGAUGUGGUUUCAUUCUUGUUUAGUUUUUCACGCGAUUCCAUGAAGCUUCAUUCGCACCUUGUUUUCUCUCCUAAAAGGACGAAAUUACCAUCGCUUUUGUUGCUAGAGUUUAGCUUGCCUCUAAUUCACCACCAUAAUGGCAGUUAAUCAAAAAAAGUGGUCACUAUAAACUUAAACCUUGGUUAUUUUUUCAUGUGUUCGCUUUUUGCCGGCUGUCUUUAUGCCGCUAGUGUUUGUUCUAGUUUAUUGCUUUUUUGACUCAGACCGCCGGUAAAGUAAAACGAUUUUGCUUAUUAAAAACUAGGAAGAUGAAAGUAGCACCCUUGGACACUAGAAGUAAAACAGGUACUGAGAUUGUUAUUUGGGUUAUUGAUUAUUUACAGUUCUAGAAAGAUUUCAUUGUAGCCAAUAAGGCUGGAAUGCAGUUCUUCCUGCUUCAGUGACUGUAAUAAAACCGGCUAUCCCAAGGCAAGGUUUCAAUAUCGUCUGCAAUAAUACACAAACGAUGGGCGGUCGUUGUUUAGAAAGUUUAAUAAGAUAAGCAAACGGUUGGCAUGUGAUAAAGACCGACCGAUGAAAUAAGCACCGUUUUAGCUCUUAAACAAGCAAGUUUUCACUCAAAAAAGCUUUUUUUGUGGAUUCCAGAGGGGAUUCGAGCGAGAAAGUCUUAAUUUACAGCGUCGAGCGGAUGCAAGCGCGCGCAGAAGUGAGGCAGAUCGGUGUAAUAUCCCGAGAGAUUGAUUUAAUAGAAUCACUUGAAUGAUCGGACAAAAUUACCGACCCUCGUGUUUUAUUGGCUCUGAGUCGGUUUUGGUCUUUGUUAAGGAGAUUAAUAGGUCGUGACAGAUUCAAUUGCUUCAACUAUGGCACCUUAAUACCUUGGUCCGGAAAACUUUACUGUGAAGUACACCGGUUACACAGACAUAUAUUCAUUUGGCCACUACGACCUGCUCGAGUUUGGCCACGAGCUGCUCACACUAUCAAAACCGGUCUUCAAGGAAUGGCAUGUUUUCUUAGCCAAAGGCAAAUCAAUAUGAAACACUUCGUGCGAAAUCGUGUACACCGAAGAAAGAGCGAUAUCUACCAAGCUGUAACUACUGUCUGCCGUAUCAUGCAAGAUGUUCUCAAACAUGUCGAGGCCUUGGAACCGCGCUUCAUCUCAUCCCUUAAACAAGUCGAUGGACGCUAUGCUGGACUUCAAGUCCUCUCACCAAGGCAUCUCGAGGUGAGCUUGUUUCUCAAUCAAAUGGGAGUAUUUAAUUUUAUCGACGAUGGCUGUCCAUCUGGCUGUGCUAUGUUAAAGCUGAGUGACGAGCGUAAGAGGUCGAUGUCACUCUGGACUGAGUUCAUAACCGCGUCUGGCUAUCUCUCCGCACGUAAAAUGCGCUCCAGGUUUACUUCGCUGGUUUCUGAAGCCAUCCGACGAGGCAACCUUCAAGCUCAAGUACGUAUUAUUUCAACGAACAGUUUCUCUACUGUUCUAAGUGUGACGGAUAUUUAUACAGUUGAAAUUGUCCCUGCUUUUCGUUGCGGGUCGAUAUGGCCCCAAAACACAUGUGUUUGGCCAACACUGGGCACAGCUUGGCCAAGCCAGCCAGCCAUAGCGAACGUCAAAAUGCGGGGUUUUAACUUGUUAGCUCGGGAUCCUUAUCCUGCAGCCAAACCGAUCAACACCGAAGGCGAUGCUUGGGUCUUGUCAUUUACGGAAGCAGAGGAACUCUUGCUAAGCGGUGGAUGCCGAAAGCUGUGUGUAAGCAUGUUGAAGGCUUUGUGCGAUAAACAUCUUAACAUCACUGGAGAUCCAAUCGAAUACGUUCAUCUAACAAACUUAGUCCUGUACGAAUGUGAAAAGCAUCCGAGGGAAUAUGAAUGGGAUGAAGACUGCUUGUUCGACAGAAUCAAUGGGGUAUUACUCCAGCUGGUCUCCUGUCUUCAAUGCAGAAAAUGUCCUCAUUUUUUUUUAAAGGGCGUCGACUUAUUUAAUGGAAAAUCCAAGACUUCGUUAGAUCAAGCAGCCAAGCAAGUAUGGAUUCUAGCUCGAGACUUGACGACAAACCCUAUAGGAUUUGAAUCGUUAUGAAAUAUUUGUACCUCAUAACUGAGACUUGCCUCUUGAGAAUGUCCAUGGGAGUAUCUACUCCACCCCAAGGUCACUGUUGAACGUUUACAUGUGCCCUUAAUACCAAUACAGCACCUUCCGGAGGUCAAGAACCGUAGUGAUUAAUAAGAAAUAGAGUUCAAGGACCUUAAGCUAUGAUGUUAAAAGAUUUAUUUAAAUCAAGUGCUAUAUCUAAGGUUAUAUUUAGAGCACAAAUGUA